GCAGGCGCACCGGCGACGGCCGUCUCAGGAAGAGGAAAAUGGAAUAAACAACUCGGAGGAACCAGAGCGCGAGAGAGCGAGUGGAGGCAGAAUUUAAAAAUAAACCGGCCCCUCCGCCCUCCCCGCCCGUUCGCCGCCGCCGCUACCCCUCCCCUAGCCCGCGCCCUCGAAGUCCCCGUCCGGGCCCGCGCGCCCACCCCGUCGUCCCGCGCGGCCCCUUUAAGAAAAGAGAACGAGAGAGUGAGUGAGUGAGAGAGGAUCCCAACUCUCCCCCUCCCCUCCUUCCUACCCCCUCCUCCCUCCCCUCCCCCCCUCUCCCCGGGCGGCUCCGGCUCCCGCAGCGGGACAGACCCACCCGCCCAGGCUUUUCUCCGGCACCGGCAGCGUCUUCUUUCCCUCCUGGUCUAUGGUGGCGGCGGCGGCUCCUCGGGCGGCAGCGGAAGACGAGGCUGCAGCGUUGCCAUGAACAGUGGCGGCGGCCUCCCGCCCCCCUCGGCCGCCGCCUCCUCUUCCUCCUCCUCACUGGCGGCGGCAGUGGCGGUGGUGGCCCCGCCUGGGGUCGGGGGUGUCCCCGGCGGGGCGGCGGCGGGAGUGAAGCUGAAGUACUGCCGCUACUACGCCAAGGAUAAGACUUGCUUCUACGGGGAGGAGUGUCAGUUCCUGCAUGAGGACCCGGCCGCCGGAGCUGCCCCGGGCCUCGGCCUCCAUAGCAACAGCGUCCCCCUGGCUCUGGCGGGCGCGCCCGUGGCCGGCUUUCCACCCGGAGCGGUCCCGGGCGGGGGAGCCGGGCCGCCCCCGGGGCCCAAAAAGCCGGACCUUGGGGGCCCGGGGGCAGGAGCCGCGGCCGGUGGAGGAGGCGGCAGCGGGGUCCUCGACGGACCGCGGCUGGCAAUUCCUGGAAUAGAUGGAGGUGCUUUAACUGAUACCAGCCUCACAGAUUCAUAUUUCAGCACCAGCUUUAUUGGAGUUAAUGGAUUUGGAAGCCCUGUAGAAACAAAGUAUCCCUUGAUGCAGAGAAUGACUAAUAGUAGCAGCUCCCCAAGCCUUCUAAAUGACAGUGCCAAGCCAUAUGCAGGCCAUGAUCCUCUAACUUCACCUGCUUCAUCCUUGUUUAAUGACUUUGGUGCCCUCAACAUCUCUCAGAGAAGAAAGCCAAGGAAGUAUCGCCUGGGGAUGCUGGAGGAGAGGCUAGUUCCGAUGGGAUCAAAGGCACGAAAAGCAAAGAACCCUAUUGGCUGCCUUGCUGACAGGUGUAAAUCAGGAGUACCCAUCAAUAUGGUUUGGUGGAACAGAAUCACAGAAAACAAUUUACAGACACCAAAUCCUACUGCAAGCGAGUUUAUUCCCAAAGGAGGAUCAACCUCCAGGCUCAGUAACGCGUCCCAGGCACAUGCGUCUGCCUUCUCUCAAGUGUUCUCUCACCCAUCCAUGGGGACUCCUGCUGCUGCUGCUGGAUUAGCCCCAGGAAUGUCAUUGUCUGCUGGAUCUUCCCCUCUUCACUCCCCCAAGAUCACUCCACACACUUCUCCUGCUCCCAGAAGAAGAAGUCACACUCCAAAUCCAGCAAAUUACAUGGUGCCUUCUAGUGCCUCUACACCUGUUAAUAAUCCUGUUUCUCAGACUCCAUCUUCUGGUCAGGUGAUCCAAAAGGAAACUGUCGGUGGGACGACUUACUUCUAUACAGACACAACUCCAGCACCUUUGACUGGAAUGAGAUCUUUCAAAAGUUAUCACAGAACAGCUUGCCGAACUGAAGGUCAAAUAAUUGAGGUUUUUCCAAACUACCAUAUUUAUCCUCCAACUGCACCUCAUGUUGCUUAUAUGCAACCAAAAGCAAAUGCACCUUCCUUCUUCAUGGCUGAUGAACUCCGACAGGAGCUGAUUAACAGACAUUUAAUAACAAUGGCUCAGAUUGAUCAAGCAGAUAUGCCAGCAGUCCCUACAGAAGUUGACAGCUACCAUAGCCUGUUCCCUCUAGAACCACUGCCACCGCCCAACCGGAUACAGAAAUCAAGUAAUUUUGGAUACAUUACGUCCUGCUACAAAGCUGUAAAUAGCAAAGAUGAUCUGCCUUAUUGCCUUCGGAGGAUACAUGGUUUUCGUCUUGUUAACACAAAGUGCAUGGUAUUGGUGGACAUGUGGAAGAAAAUCCAGCACUCAAAUAUCGUGACCUUGCGUGAAGUGUUUACCACUAAAGCUUUUGCAGAGCCUUCUCUUGUGUUUGCAUAUGAUUUCCACGCUGGAGGAGAGACUAUGAUGAGCAGACACUUCAAUGACCCUAAUGCGGAUGCCUAUUUCACAAAGAGAAAGUGGGGUCAGCACGAUGGACCAUUGCCCAGACAGCAUGCUGGAUUAUUGCCAGAAUCUCUUAUUUGGGCAUAUAUUGUCCAGCUGAGUUCUGCAUUGCGUACCAUUCAUACAGCAGGUUUGGCAUGUCGAGUUAUGGACCCAACAAAGAUUCUGAUAACUGGCAAAACAAGGUUGCGAGUAAAUUGUGUUGGAGUUUUUGAUGUUUUAACAUUUGAUAACAGUCAGAAUAAUAAUCCAUUGGCAUUAAUGGCUCAAUACCAGCAAGCAGAUCUGAUAUCAUUAGGAAAAGUUGUGUUGGCUUUGGCUUGCAACUCUUUGGCAGGAAUUCAGCGAGAGAAUUUACAGAAAGCCAUGGAACUGGUGACAAUCAACUACUCCUCUGACCUGAAGAAUCUGAUUUUAUAUUUGUUGACUGACCAAAACAGGAUGCGAAGUGUAAAUGACAUCAUGCCCAUGAUUGGUGCUCGAUUUUAUACUCAAUUGGAUGCUGCUCAAAUGAGAAAUGAUGUCAUAGAGGAAGACCUUGCAAAGGAGGUUCAAAAUGGAAGACUGUUUAGGCUUCUAGCAAAAUUGGGAACAAUCAAUGAGAGGCCGGAGUUUCAGAAGGAUCCUACCUGGUCGGAGACUGGAGACCGUUAUCUGUUGAAACUCUUUAGGGAUCAUCUUUUUCAUCAGGUGACAGAAGCGGGCGCUCCUUGGAUUGACCUCAGUCAUAUCAUUUCUUGUCUUAACAAGUUAGAUGCUGGUGUGCCAGAAAAAAUAAGCCUCAUUUCCAGAGAUGAGAAGAGUGUACUUGUGGUGACUUACAGUGACUUAAAGCGAUGCUUUGAAAAUACUUUUCAAGAACUGAUUGCAGCUGCAAAUGCUUUAUUAUGGUACUUUACACUGGAUACAGAUACAGAGACACUGUUCAGAAGACGAACUAAACACAGCGGUGGUCUGGCGUCAGGAGCUUUCUGAAGUGUUACAGCCUGAAUCUGGAGGGAAAACAAUCUGCUGUGCCUUUGCAGUCACUGCUUAGCCCAAAGUAAUAGUGCUUUUGAUAAUAACUAUGUGGGAUAUUCCUGAAUAAGUCAGUCUCAAAAGUCUGGAAUUUUCCUCCUCUUAACUUUCUUAACAUUUGGACGUGCAGUUGUCGCCAAACUUGGGUAUUCAUGGAAUUUCUAGUUAAUGAAAUACCUAUACUUUGAUACUGAAGACUGCCAAAUACAUAGGAAUUUUCUUUCAUAAAAAACAGUAAUGAAGACUCUAUCUCCUUUCCCAGCACUGAAUGUUUUGCUAGCACUGGGUGCUCAUCAUGCAACUAUGAAGAAAAUGUGGAAACUCAAAAGGUCAGGAAAGACUUCCAAGCACUUGCAACUGAUGUUACAGUCUUCAAUUUUAAUAACUAUACAUAUUUGUAGUUUUCAGAGAAGUUUUUAAUAUUUCUCUGUCCACUUUUUAUAAGCUUUAAAAUGAUUUUCUCUGCCUUGAGAUUUGCAUCAAGAAAAAGCACCUCUUCACCCAAAAUCUUUGAAGACUAGAGACACGCUUUACAUGUUUUAACAAGUGUGUUUGAGUCCACAUUUGGUAGCAUCAGUUGUUGAGUUAAAAAGAAAAUCAGUUAUUGCAUUUGAUCAGGAUGGAUUUUAAAAGAACAUAGUGCUCAAUAUUCAAAGGAUAAUUAACAUUUGCCACCAUAAUGUUCUUUUUUUAUGUAAAAGGAACAGGAACUUGGAGACAUUAACAUGCAAAAGUCUUUUAUCAUUAUUAGCUCAUGUAUUUGACAAAGAGCAGCUGUCUUUUUAUAUGUUUUUUGACAAAUCAUAUUGUAAUUCUUUUGUACAAAAAAGAACUACUUGUAUUCUAGAAGAAAUAUGAAAUGCUUAAUUUAUAAGCGGGCUGGAGAUUUUUUCCAAUAUUGUUUUCUUUGAAAAUGAAAGGGGAUCAUCUAUUUUAGUUUCGGGGUCUGGGAACUUUUUGAAAAUUUAAUUUGUGGACCAAUGUUUUGCAAAAGCUAAGGAAGGGCAGGGGUAAAAUAGGGCUUGAUUUUCUCACUCUGUGUGGACCAGCAAACUUCCCUCUGCGAGGCCGGCUCAGAUCACAAACCCAAGAGUGUUUGCAUCGUAAAUGCUAGCUUGCUUCAGCCCCUAGUAACCUCAGGACUUGGUUUGAAUAAAAAGGUAGACAGCUGAUAUGUUUUCAUGAGUAAAUAUUGUCAGCCAGAAAACAGUUGGUGUCAGGUAAUACGUAUUUUUUUAAGCUUUGUUUUAUAUUUAUUUUUCAUUUAGUUUUUAUUGGGAAUGGUUUUCAAUAGAACUCUUAGUUCUGCUUAGGUGUUUUUUGGGGGAGCCCUCUUUUCCAUAGUGUAAUUCCAUUUAACAGGUUGUCUUAACAGUUAGUCUUUUUAAUCCAUAGGAAGAUUUUAAUAUCUGAAAGUACUCAAAUGAAGGAUAUAAACUUCCACACCUUCCUGUUAUGACAGAUACAAGCACAGAAAGGACAACCCUUGAAAUCAUGUGACGUUGGUCAUUUCAGUUUUUUGUUACCUAUUUUGAAAUCUGUUAAUGUAUUUACUUCAUUGUAAAUAUUUUUGAGGGUACCUUUGUAUUUUGCUUUUGACCUUGGUUCUGUGAUAUGGAUGUCAACAACUUCCCUGAAAAGCACCAGUAUGUUAAGUUCUAAUGUCAUGAUCCCAAUGUGGGUUUUUCAUCUUUAAUCCUGUUUUCAGUCUCUAUGUGUACAGCAGUAUUUUUAAUAAAGAAUUA